UAAGAGAGAGCUUUCUAACCGAGCAGGACUCUAGGACUGACACCUUGCCUCAGCCUCCUUGAGAUUCCACUACACCGCUCAACGCACAUGGAAUACUACACGGGUAUCAUUGUAGUCUGGGCUUGCACCUUGUUGCCAGGGGGCUCCGACUCUUUCAACAUCGACACUAAAGAACCCAGAAUCAUCCAGGGGUCCAAGGAAGCUCAGUUUGGAUACACAGUGCAGCAGCAUGAGGCUGGGGGGCAGAAAUGGCUGCUGGUUGGCGCUCCGUUUGAAACCAACGGACAGCAGCAGACAGGCGAUAUCUACAGAUGCCUGAUGAACAACAAGAGAAACAGCACCUGCUCCAAACUCAACCUAGGAAGGGUAUCCCUUACCAAUGUGGCAGAGAGGAAGGAUAAAAUGCGUCUGGGAAUGACCCUCACCACCAACCCCAAAGACAACAGCUUCGUGACCUGCGGCCCGCUCUGGUCCCACGAAUGCGGCAGCUCCUAUUACAGCACGGGAAUCUGCUCUCGAGUCAACUCCACCUUCAAGUUCUCCAGAUCCAUCGCUCCGGCAUUCCAGAGGUGCGAGACGUAUAUGGAUAUUGUGAUCGUUCUGGACGGCUCCAACUCUAUCUACCCCUGGUAUGAAGUCCAGAAUUUCCUCAUCAACAUCCUACAGAAAUUCUACAUUGGACCAGGGCAGAUCCAGGUUGGAGUGGUACAGUACGGGGAAGACGUCGUCCACGAAUUUCAGCUCAACGACUACAGGACUGUGGAGGAAGUGGUGAACGCCGCCAGAAACAUCGAGCAGCGGGGAGGAGCUGAGACCAGGACUGCUUUCGGCAUAGAGAUAGCACGCUCAGAGGCGUUUAAAAGAGGAGGGAGGAGGGGCUCCAAGAAGGUGAUGAUUGUGAUCACGGAUGGAGAAUCGCACGACAGUCCAGACUUAGAGAAGGUGAUUAAAGACAGCGAGAAGGACAACAUCACACGAUAUGCCAUUGCGGUUCUUGGAUACUAUAACAGAAGAGGGAUCAAUCCCAAGGCCUUUUUGAAAGAAAUAAAGCACAUCGCCAGCGACCCCGAUGACAAGCACUUCUUUAACGUAGCAGACGAGUCUGCACUGAAAGAUAUCGUCGACGCGCUGGGAGAACGAAUCUUCAGCUUGGAAGGAACCAACAAGAAUGAGACGUCGUUUGGCCUUGAGAUGUCCCAGGCAGGGUUCUCUUCACAUAUUGUGGAGGACGGUAUUCUGGUCGGAGCUGUGGGAGCCUAUGACUGGAACGGUGCUGUGCUGAUGGAGACCAGCCAUGGAAGGGUCAUCCCUCCCAAAGAGGCGUACCUGCAGGAGUUCCCUGAGGAGCUGAAGAACCACGGAGCCUACCUGGGUUACACAGUGACAUCGCUUGUGUCUGCGAAGGCUGGCAGGUUGUACGUGGCGGGAGCUCCAAGGUUUAACCACACCGGCAAAGUGAUCAUAUUCACACUGAAGAACAACGGGAACCUCACCAUUCUCCAUUCACUGAAAGGACAGCAGAUUGGAUCCUACUAUGGGAGUGAAAUCGGUUCUGUGGACAUUGACGGUGAUGGAAUAACAGAUGCUCUUCUUGUCGGUGCCCCCAUGUACUUCAGCCAGGGCUGGGAGAAAGGCAAAAUCUACAUCUACCGGGUCACAGAACAAAACAGGUUCGUUCUCGACGGCUCUCUGGAGGUGGGAGACGGUGCUCAGAAUGCCCGCUUCGGCUCGUCGAUCUCUCCCGUCCCCGAUCUCAACUACGACACGUACAACGAUGUGGUCGUGGGAGCCCCGCUGGAGGACGAGCACCGAGGGGCAAUCUACAUCUUCCAUGGCUACAGAGACAGGAUCCUCAGGAAACACAAACAGAGGAUAGGUGCGGCAGACCUGCCCUCUGGCCUCAUGUAUUUUGGGCGCAGCAUUCAUGGAAAGAUGGACCUGAACCAGGACGGCCUGGUGGAUUUAGCAGUGGGGUCCCUGGGGGCCGCAGUCCUGCUCUGGUCCCGCAGCAUUGUCCAGAUACAUGCCACCAUCAAGUUCGAACCGGCCAAAGUGAACAUCUUCAACAAGGACUGCAAACGGAACGGAAAAGACGCCACAUGCAUGGCUGCGAUUGCCUGUCUGAACGUAACGACCAAAACACCCCACUUUCUGACUCAGGAAGUAGCUCUGAAGUACACCGCUUUUAUCGAUGAGCGGAGAUACGCGGCCAGGGCGAUUUUAGAUGAGACAAGCGACAAACAUCUGCACAAAAACAUCACUGUGCUCUCCGGCGUAGAGCUCUGUGACCAUAUCUAUUUCCACGUUUUUGAAACCACAGACUACAUGCGGCCGGUGGUUUUCACACUGGAGUACGGCAUGCUGUAUCCUGAUGAUGGGCCGGUGCUUGACGAUGGGUGGCCGACUGUAGUGAAGUCAUCUUUAUCCUUCUGGAACGGCUGUGAUGAGGAUGAGCGCUGCAUUCCUGACCUGACCAUUCACAGCACAUCGGACAUCCCAGACGCCAGAGAGUUCUGCCGCAUGUUGCUGCAGGCCGCUGAGUCCCUGUGUGGCCACCACGCCAUGGCGCUGGGGUCUGGCCACGUGAUCCAGGGCGGGAGGCGCAGGCUGGCCGUAGACGUGGUGCUGAAGAACAGAGGAGAGAACGCCUACAGCACACAGCUCAACAUCACCUACUCACACAACCUGCACUUCGCCAGCCUCACCAUUAAGGACAACUCAGACAUCAAGAUUGAGUGUGGCAAUGAAGACAAUGUGAAUCACAAGAAAGUGUGCAAUGUCAGUCUCCCUUUCUUCAGAUCCCAGGCAGAGGUAGCUUUCCGUCUGGAUUUUGAGUUCAGCAGGUCUGUUUUCCUGGAUCAUGUGCAGAUCGCCCUGUCUGCCAACAGUGAUGGAGAAGAAGAUGAAAUGACCAUCCAUGAUAAUUCUAAUGUUAUUUUUCAUCAAUUAAAGUAUGAAGCGGAGCUUCUAUUUACAAGGGACUCCAGCCUCACUCACUACGAGAUCAAAGCAAGCAAUUCCUUGGAAAAGUACCAUCGUGUCAGCCCCCCUUUCAACUUCACUUUCCAGAUACAGAAUUUGGGCUUUUUCCCUGUGAAAAAUUUGCUACUGAAUAUCGAAAUCCCUGAAGUUACAAAAAGCGGCAACCGGCUUCUGGAGUUGACCGAUUUCUACAUUGAUCAGAAAGAAGGCACAUUUUGCACAGCUCCUAAUACGGUAGCACACAAGCGGACCUACUCAGAAGACCUGUCGCAUUAUCCACAGCUGAAUCACAGUAACGCUGUCGCUAUUCCUGUGAACUGCAGCGUGAAUCUUCAACCGUAUAAGCAACUCAGCGUUCACAUCAGCGGCGUGUUGAGGACGGAUUCUCUGAAAACAGUUAAAUUUAAAUCACUGGCUCUUGUUACGACUGCCAGUAUAGCAAUGGAGGCGUCCAGUCCAAUGUUUCUACGAGAAGAGAAGUCUGUUCGUCACAUAAUCCUGGAGAUUACGAAAGAGGACGAUUACGUAAUACCCUUCUGGAUCAUUAUCGGCAGUACGUUAGGGGGGCUGCUGCUUCUCGCGUUACUGAUUCUAGCGCUGUGGAAGCUGGGGUUCUUCCAGAGCGCACGACACAAGAGAAAAGAGGAGGGGGAACAAGAGCCGAACGGAAAAGCCUUAGAGGAGAGAUAACGCGCACAAGCGGCGUGCCCGACACUUCAAACUCGCUUUCUGUAAAAUAUUGAAGCACUAUUUUUAUGGCAAUGAAAAAAGCAGUGUUACGUUGUAUUGUUUAAGGACAACCGUGCUUUAUUUAAAUUGAAAUCCGGAUCGCCACGUUACAAUCAGCGAAGCUGACGGCAUUGGCAUUGCUCUCCGCCCCGCACGAAGACAAGGUCUUUACGAAACAGAAAUCCUGUUUCACAAGGAAACUGACCCUGAAGAGGAAUGGCUUCAGUUUAUAUUAUAUCUCUUUGCCUUUAAAACUUAACACCACACCGCCUCCUACUGGCGUGAGCAGGUAAAACCAUGACCAGCCUGCAGAGUUUAAGAAUCACAAAGCGAAAAAUAGCUUGAUGCCUUCUAUGGCUGGUGUCUUACCUGUUUAAAAGGCAGGGGGGUUGACUGAGAAAUCAGUGGUUGUAGUUCAUCUAAACUGAAAGGUGUACACUAUUAAAAGCCUCACUCCAGAUUGAUAGUUUUGGUCUGUUAACAAAGCCCUCAAUUGACCACAGUGGAAGCUGCACACCAGCUGUGUGGGUGAUGGCAUACAAAUCCCUGGACAGAUUUUCAAAUGACUCGAUCAGUUUUGGAGGAGAGUAAAUGUGCAUGCUAACGUCUGUCUUUAAAACUUUUUUUUUUUUCCACGAUAAGUUAUUUAUUACUUUUUUGUUCUGAUUCUUUUUGUUUUGUAAAAAGUACUUGUAUCUUGACAGUUGUACAUUUAGAAGCCUGUCUUUUCAUCCUUGGUACUGUUAUCUAAAACAAACAACAAGCUUGCCAAGUGUGCUUGUUGUCUCGUGUAAAAGAAGGGGAAAAAAAUGUCUUGUUUUGCUGGGGAACCUGAAUAAAAACAAAAGAGAUCACCUCCGACAUUAAUCUGGUUGGCUGCUGACGCCCUUUGAGAAUCAGUCACAGUGAAGAGCAUGCCCUACACAAGUGUGCUGAUUCAUGAAGGAGAGGUGGGCAUCAGAAAGAAAGAUUUACUUUGUUUCCUAAGCUGUUUUCAUCUGCACGAGGACCGGUUUGAGAUCAGUCUCAGUUUGAGAUCAGUCCUCCUUACUUCAUGGGCAGCAGUCCCAGUUCAAGCUGGCAGAAAUCAAUAUCGUUUUGAUGAUAUGUUGGAAUUUAGAUUUUAUUAUUGAUGGAUGUUGAUAAAGCAAGCAGUUACCAGAAACAAGCAAAGGAGGACCAUGUUAAAGUAUCUUUAGUCUUUGUGUAACGUCCGCUUGCAGAGCUGAAAACUAUUAACCCCUGAAUUGUAGAAUGCAGAUGGUACUGGUGAGAGCCUCCAUUCGAUCUACUGUCACAGCCUGAUCUCAUGGUGCAGAUGGAAACGCAGCAGCAUGGUAUACAAGAGUAAAGAUUUAGAAAGGGUCACGAUUGUUUUAAUUAACCAGCUAACUGAGCUUCAGCCAUACAAGUGACUUGGCUGGUAUGAAUUACUCAGGUUUCUUCAAACCCUUCUUCAAACGGCUUUGACCUCAGAUGAUAAUUUUUUUUUAAAGUUUUUUUUUUAAAGUGUUUUCCCUGCUUUAAUAUGACUGCUGUUUCUUUUUCACAAAGCUUUAUACUGUAGUAAGUAUAAUAUCUAACAAGUAUUGGUUUCAAAUCACAGAAACAUAUUAUUGUAUAAUGCACUUUGUCUUGUAAAAACAAAAACUUGAAUUUUGUAGUCUCCCAUUCCUUCCCUAGUCGUGUAUCUCGGUAUAUUCAGCAGGGACGGAUUGUGGCAUGGCCCUGUAGCCACACUAUAGACAUCGCGUUUUGUUUUGUUUGUUUGUUUUGUUUUAGCAACGCUGAGCUCAGAUUAAAUUCGUAACUUGUAACAAACUGCUUGGUAAUCUCUAUUUCCAAAAUGCAACACAUGGUUGCAUGUGUUGGUAGCUGAAGUAACAGCUGUGACAUUUUGUAGAUGGAUUUUUAUUUUUUUUGCACAUAUGAAUAGUAGCAGGCACGUUCAAACUACAAAGUACAGUGCCAGCUUCUUAAUCAUGUUUGUACUCCUUCAUAAAAAGUGUGAGGUUUUUUCCGUAUAAGACGCUCCAUCCAUUUUAAAGGUCCCAGCUGCUGUUUGUCAGUGUUUCUAACAUCAUGUUCUUCUAGGGAGGGUUUGCUCAGAUUAAGUGGCUUAGUUACAGCUGUUUUAUUUGUAACAUGUUAAAUUACAUCAUCUUUGUAAUGCAAGCCCCUGCUAACACAGGGAAAUUAACAUCCAUCAUUUAUGGACUGCAAUGCACAUUUAUAUUUGUCUGACAGCACAUAAUACACAUACACAUUACAGAAUUUGUCAUUUUACAGAAGUAGUGUGCAUUAAAAUUGAAAAAUGUGUUGACUUUUUUUUUUUUACAAUAUUUUCUAAGAUAUGUGAUUAACAGCAGAUUUAAAUGUCACAAAUUACAAGAAGUAUGCCAAAUUCUCACUUUGGGUUCAUUACAUUUUUAUAAUGGUACCUGAAUAUUCGCCAAACCUUUUUUUCAUAGUUUCCCAAUUGUUGGCAAAAUUCCUGUACUCACAGCAAACUGAAGGAAAAACUGCCAAGGGUAAAAAUAUCAACUGUUGUCUACAGUGUGUGUAUAUAUGUUAAUGAAUCAGAAUAAAAUCCAGUCUUUCUUUACUUGUGCCAAGAUUCUUGUUUUGUACAAUUUUACAACAUAACAACAUCCAGUAUGAGGCCAACAUUGCUGUGGCCCCUGGGCACAGCAGCAUCUGCUAUGCGUAAAAUAAAGAAAGACAAAUAUCAAAGUUGGAAAGUUUCAGCCCAGUUUCUAAAUGUUGCCACCACACACGACAUUUGAAAUGCCUGUACAAUGUCAACCCUUCAUUUGUGGUUCUAGCCUGCUACAAUAGUGGAAAAUAACCUCAAAUGUUACAAUUAAGAUAUCAUUAAAAUAAAAUAAAAAAAAUCACAAAGGUGUAGACGCAAAACAUCUUCAAUUAGAAUGCUACUGGUGUUUUAUUCAGCACAAAAUACAUCCAUUAUGAAAAUAAAAUACAUUUCCACCCUUAUAAAAGUUUCCCACAGUAUUUUUGCAGUUUCCCCAUGCUUAUGUAUUUACCAUUCUUUACUCUGCUUUGCCACGUUUAUUAAUAUUCUUUACCAUACCUCGUUGUUCUUUACAAUGCUUAUCUACAUCUUACUGUGCUUUCCUGUGGUAAACUUUUAUAAGGGUACUUUACACAUUCUGUAAUCAGAUAUUAAGGUUACAAACUAUCUGAGAUUUUAAAAAUUAUAGGCUUAAAUACAGCUUCAAAACACACAGACGUUUUCAUUGGAAAAUAUUGCAAUGGAUGGGGUAAAAAUAUAAUGCCCCCUGCCUGUCAGUCAGUCUGUCAGAUAGGCAUGUGUGCAGAAACACUACAAAAUUAAGUACAGAAAUCAUGGGAGAAUACAGAUUUAAAAAAAAAAAAACAUUCAAAGGGUAUAGAGAUUUAGUUUAA